AAUGUAAAAUAAAAUUCAAUGGUUGUGUAGGAUGUUUUCCGGUAAAAACUUAUUGGCAAUGCUGAAUAAUGCUGAAUAAACAUUACUCUGUUCCGACAUUUUACGAUGGGUGGAGACGGCCAGAACCUGUUUACUUGUGAGUGUGGCAAGUCCUAUCCUCUAGCGACCUCUUUACACAACCACAAGGUGUAUCGGUGCGGAAAACAGCCGCAGUUUGCGUGUCCGUAUUGUUCUCACCGCACCUGGCACAAAGGAAACUUGAAGGUUCACAUCAAGAACAAACAUUCGGAUCAGCCUCAAGUGCAGUUUAUAUGCACUAACAGAAUACUCUCUGAACAAGAUUCCGAGUUGGAGAUAAUUUCCGAUAAUAGUAUAUCAUUGGACUGAGUCAUUGAAACAAAUUUUCAGUGUUG